UGCCCUCGUCAAGAAUUGGAAUGUUAACAUUGAAAGAUGGGACCUAUUUUUAGAUAGCCUUGUUUGAAACUAUUCCACGAUAACAGUCUAUUCGAUUAAGUAUCAGAAAUUCCAUGCAUUGAAUUUUCCAACUUUCAGCGUAGCAUAUCUCCGUCGCGUGGAAACGGACGACGCUAAAAAAUAUGGCGACGUACAACAACAACGCCGGGAAGACGAUAUUCGCAUCAGAAUAAUUAGAAUGGCCAGCUUGUGACAUUGGAUGAUCUAUACGAGUGAUCAAGAAACCUGCAGGUCUACAUUUGGACACAGCUUAACAGAGCUUGUAAGGUUUAACUGAGAUACCAUUAACUAAAUGUAAAAUACAAGCAUGCCUCCGAGUCGACCAUCCAAAAACAGAGAAACUGACCAACCCAGGGUUCUCGCCAACCGUUAUGAAGUUGUUAAAAAGUUAGGAACAGGUAAUUUUGGGACGGCCUUUCUUUGCAAAGACAGAAGAUGUAAAGGAGAACUAAAAUGCCUGAAGGAAAUCCCGAUAGGCGACCUGCAGUUGGAUGAGACUGUGGAUGCCAUGCAUGAGGCCAAACUUUUGUCCAAACUGGACCAUCCCGGCAUCGUCAAAUUCCACGACCAGUUUGUAGAUGGGGAGUUCUUCUGUAUUAUAACUGAGUAUUGUGAGGGUGGUGAUCUGGAUAUGAAAAUUCAAGAAUUCAAGAAAAAGAAGAAGAAAUUUGAUGAGACGACAGUGAUGAACUGGUUCGUGCAGCUUGUGUUAGCCGUUCAGUACAUGCACAGUAGGCGUGUCCUACACAGAGAUUUAAAGACUAGAAAUAUAUUUUUGAAGAAUAAUGUAGUAAAGAUUGGAGAUUUUGGUAUCUCGCGGAUACUGAUGGGUACAACAGACUUUGCCUCCACUUUUGUGGGAACGCCUUACUUUAUGAGCCCGGAAGUUUUAAAACAUGAAGGAUACAACUCCAAAUCUGAUGUUUGGUCUGUAGGGUGUAUCUUGUAUGAAAUCUGCGCCCUUGACCAUGCCUUCAACGGUCAAAGCCUGAUGGGUGUGAUGUAUAAGAUAGUGGAAGGGGAAUUACCCAGUCUGCCCUCCAACUACCCCAGGGAGCUGGAUCAGGUUUUCAAAAUGAUGCUUGCCAAAGAUCAGACAGACCGACCAUCCAUGACAGAACUGACCAAGAAUAGCUUUGUGGCAAAACAUAUGUCAACAAUGCUGUCUCAGUUGUCCGAUUUCAAAACCAAACCAGAGCUUGGGGGAGAGGCAGAGAUAGCUGCUGAGGAGUUAGAACAACUGCUAAGAGAGAAGUCCCACCUGGGAGACUUGAGAGCAACAGAGGCUGAUGUGAAGUACAAAAACUUACACCCUCGUGAAAGAAUGAGACUGAGAAAACAGAGAGAGGCAGAUGCUAAAGCACAGGAGAUGAAAGAAGCAGCCAGGGCAAAUUUGGCAGAGACUUAUGCAAGAAGAGAGAAGUUACGCAGUACAAUUGGCCAUACCAACUUGCCACCCAUAGUAGAUGGAUUGCCAGAUGGAUUUCGCAGUUUGCAUAUCAAAAAACUCUACGGUACCAGCCUGGGCCGGGGAGGGAGAAGCUGUGUAGGGAAGCCCUACGGUCAGGCGUGGGUUCCUACACAGAUUUUCCUCAGGCCCAAGACGGCUCCUCGAAACAGUCGCUAUGAGGAUAUGAGCGAAGAGGAUGACUUCAGUGAUACUGUGAAAGGUGACAUAGACAUCCACCGCACCCUGGGGGCCACAGUCCUGCACGUCCCUAAACACACCUAUGAAGAUAGACCCAUCACUCCCCUCAAAGACAAGAUGGUCUACAAUACUGUACAGUCAUCACUGGACUUUGAGGAUGGUAUUCCGGACCAUCCUGAGCUGGCGGAGACCUACUACUCUCAGUUUGAGGACUUUGAGAAGGCUGAUGGAAAAGAGGAGAAUGAAGACAAAACAGAUGAUGCUGCUGAGAACACGCUGGUCAACAUGGACGAGGCCAAAGAUGUGGAGAAUUUGUUAUCAUGCCUAGAAGGAGCCCUGGAUAGACCCGUUCCUGAGGGCUCCCUUACACUGUCAGAUGAUACCAUGGCGGGAGCAUUUGGGCCUGGAGCACGAGAGAUAAAAAUACGCAACCUCCGAAGCGAAUGUGAGCGUAUCCUUGGGAAGGCUAAGUUUGAGAAGGCCUACACUUACCUGAAGAAUGCCAGGUUCCAAGAUAAAGCCACGUCCCAUACAGCUGAUGAAACCAUGAUAUUUAAAGGUUUGAGGGAAAUUGUGCCCAACCCCAGUGACUGUUUUCUGGUGGAUCAGCUACUUUUCCUUGAGGAACAGGCUAAACUGCAAGUUUGAUUGAGGGCAAGUUAUUAAAAUCAGCCAUGUAUAGCCUGUGAUUGGGAAUAAGCUAACCUACAAGCUUUGUGCAGCUUGUCUUUGGCGACAUGCGGACUUGGCAUCGUUGUGCAGCCUCUGUGAUUGGGGAUCAGCUAACCAACAAGCAUUGUACUUGUACACUUGUCUGACAAAAUGUGAACUUGGCUUUGGGGUGCAGCCUGGGAUUGGACUACCUGUAGGAAAUGUCAUCUUGGCCUCACAGCAACCUAUUUGAUUGGAGGGAGAGGUGGCACACUACGUUGUCCUUACUGCACAGUUUUAUAUACCAUUGGGCACACUAACCUGUCCUGUAGUAAGCAGCCUGGGCAAUUUAGUGUGGUUGAUUGACGACAGGCUAACCAAAGUAAACUAAUGUAGCCAAAUUGUUCAGCCCUUGAUUGGGAAGUGGGGAAAGUCAGGGACACCUAGAACUUUCCAAAGCUCAGUAUCUGAUACCACAGGAAAACAUAGCUUAAGUUGAACACAGUCUGGGAGCAUCUUGCAUACUAGAUAGUGUAAAUCUGAAAUUAAUUCUGAGUGAUACUUUUAAAGACUCACUGUGAUUAGAGAAAACUCCCAACACACGUUUGUGAACCAAUUUAACAUAAGAACCACACACAUUUGAGCUACGAUAGUAUUAACCUGUAAGCUUUUUUUUCGCUUCGCAAUUGUAACUGAUAGAGGACGUAUAGCACCUAUCUUUCUUGUUCAGGCCCAGUUUACCCCAGUCUACGGUCCCAGUCAUGGUUAUAUUUUCUGUGCACAAAAUCCAGUGUUUUCCUAAGUUUUAAUCGUAAUGAAUUUGGUACAUGUACUUCAUAACAGGUGUACCUUGAUUGUUUUAUGAUCGCCAUUUAAUGAUAGAUGGGAAUUCGGGAGAAAAUUUUCUGGAGAUUGAGCGCGACUACUCAGUACCUUUACACGUGGAGUGGCAUGUCAACUAUUCGUUAAGGUGCAGAGCUAUGGCAGAAUUUAGCAAUCCGCGAAUCCUUACUUGCAAAUUACCAACAAAUUAUGUCGAACUGUUUAAAGUAACAAGUUUUUAUGCGUGUGUAUUGUACCCGUCGAUGGUGUGAUUUUUUGCCGACGAAAGGUCAAAAAAAAUAAUCAUACAUGUUAUUGGCAACGCAUAAUGUAAUCAGAAAACAUGCACUUAUAUUUUGAUAUAUAAGCCAUUUACAGGAUCGGAAUUUACAGGAUUAUGAUAAUCAGCGCCUGACUGAAUCUUUCUUCGGUUUAAUUCAUGGGUAUAAUAAGAGAUGCACCAGGGCUGUAGUCAGGCGGUGUGCACACCUCGCUGCAAGUGACAUGGCCCCACGUGGGACAGAUUAGCGAUCAUCGCUGUAAAUAAUUAAAUAGUGUGAGCGUGUGUGUGUCUGUGUGACGUUUGAUUGCGCAGGUGGGGCUCAGUUGUACGAGGAACGUGCGUAAGAAAAUCUUGUUUCAGUGCAGGACCUCAAUUGUGGGAUAAGUUAUAUCUUAAUCCACCGUUGGGAUUGACGAUGGGGAUUUACAGCGCGGACCAGGAUGGCCGCUCUUACCUCUCUAUCCAGCAUUACGGUGGGAGGAAAGCGGGCAGAGUCCGGGGAAAACCCACGACCAUCCGCAGGUUGGCGGCAGACCUUCCCACGUACGGCCCGAGAGAGGAAUCCAGCAUGAGAUGGACUUCAACUCACAGCGACCGCAUUGGUGAGGAGCUCUGGAGUCAUUAUGCUGAGCUAGCGCGCUAACCAACUGAGCCACGGAGGCCCCUAGGCUCUCAGCUGAGGACUUGGCCAGAGUUGCACCAGAGGUGGUGGGAUACUGCCGAAUCAUUGCCACUUGAGUAGGGUUUCGUUAGGGCUGUUGCGUUUCUCCAUUGUGCGUUUCAUUGCAGGGUGGAUCUCUACAUACAUUUCCAUCCACCAGGCCACUAUUUUUGUUUUUCUGGUUUAUCUUUAGGAUGCACAAGUGAGGUACUAAGUUUAUGCGUAGUCCUAAAGUACGUGGUAAUGAAGUGCCGAUUGAAACUCUCCCUUCUGUCUCAGAUAAACGCUGUACGUAUGGUAAAGUUAACGUAAUACUGUCGGCACCGGUGAAGUUCGAACGUGUUCAUCUUUCCCACCUGCGGUAUACAACGUCAUGAGAACAGUCGAGUUGCAUGUGAGAAUGCAGCCAUAAAAAGCUUGACCUUUCUAUACCAACAGAUGUGACGGGUGCCCAGCAACUCCAAGGGGGCAUCACUCGCGGCCUUGUCACUGCCUAUCUCCUUGUGCUGUCUCGCCCAGCAUUUUCAGCAUUAAAGAUUACAAAAUCAUAUCUCCUGAUUUUCGCGUGAUACCAUGCCACACCACAUGCAGCUUUGUCCACCCGGAAAACGGAAGUGCAAUGAGAUACUGAUUCCUUCUUCUGACGUCAGGUUUGGCAAAAAUUUUGUUCGGCCAAGAAUAGCCCUAAAACUAACUGCAUCGGGUUUUUAAAUGAAACGUCAGAGGGAUCUCGUCAGAGACGACACUGGUACUUGAAUAAUGGUAGGCCUACCAUAAUCGCUUGUAUUGUUGUUGAAAUGACUGGCAUUGUUAUUCAAGAAGUUAGAGGACAACGUUGUUCCAUCAGUUACAACUUUGGUUCUCUUUGAGUUAGCUAGCCCCUUUGCUAAUGAAUGUUGAAUACGUUCAGGCAUGAGUAUGUUUGCUGUUCUGAAGAGUCCAUUUUUAGGUCAUUUUGAUGUAGCAUUGUUACAGGUUUCUUGCUUAUAGUGUUGUCUCCGACCUGUUAGAACCCAGACAUAAGUUAAUCCAAGGAUUUGAUGUUCUGCAUUUCUGUGAGAAAAUGCUGAUUGUCCUAAUAACGUAAUUAGUUAAUCAAAAGUCCCAAAUGUUGUGGUAAUGAAAUUUAUCAAGCAGUUGAGUAUUGUGAAAGACAAGAUUGUAAAUAAUAUCUGUAUGUGUAUUGUAAAAUGUGUAUUGUAUACAUAUUCAAGUUUAGUUACGUUUAUGUGUGUAGAUAUUUAAGAUACUAUAUUCAGUGUAUCGUACAAUGAUUUGUGUGUGUUCAAAAUGUUUACUGGUGUGAUCAGAUAACAAAGUGAGUAAGUUGCAGUACAUUUAAUUGUGCUUUAGAAAAGAAGGAAAGUAAGAUAAGUACUACACCCAUAUUAGUCCGAGACUGAUCUGAGGUUAGGUUUCGCAAAAUUUUGUUCGGCCAAGGAUGGCCAUCCAUGGUCGAACAGAAUUUUGCCAAACAUAACUUCUGAUCAUUCUCGGACUAAUGUUGUCUUAUGCUGUUCGUGUGAUAUAACCAGGGUAUAACUCUUAUAACUUCUUACUUUGUGACCUGUAGUAUAGUGGAUUUCAUGUGGUAGAUUGUAUAACUGUAGGAAUGACUGGUAACUGUAGACUGUAGACUGGUAAUUUGCGUAAUAAUGUGAAGCUUAUUUUUUUAAAGAUAACGGCUCUUCACGUAAGUGGAUCUUAAGUCAUAAGUAUAAUAAAUACUUUUCUGAUUUUUCCGUCCAGAUUUUAUCGUGCCCGUUUUGGGCGCACAACCUGUACCGCCGGAACCAUUCCAUCCGUCUGUGUUUACACUUGUAGCGAAUGCAGGCCACAAUAAUCGUGAACACAAAUGUGCGUCAAAUAAAGAUGGUUUUAUAUAAACUGAAAGCAAACAGUAUUCCAGGUUCCGUUUGAAGUUUAGUGUUCAUUUUGUCCUGGAGGUCACCUUCAAUGCACAUGACGACAAGCUGCUCAGUUUAAUGUCCUAUUUAAUUCAUAAGUCAAGCUCUCCUUUGUUCUUUCAUUUUACGUUUCAUACCUUAGUUAAUUACUAUACAAGUCCAGGAGUAAUGUAUAACCUGAUGACGCAUUAGAUCUAUGAAGUUCCAGUUCUGUUCUUUCUUUCCUGUCGGACACUCCAGUCUAACACUGAUCUCAGCCCCCACAAUCCUCUCCGGCACCGGUAAAUUAAAAUUUUGCACCUGGCAGUAAACUGUGGACAUGGAUUUUCCUGUAAGUUUAGAUUUACCCUUACUUUGUA